AUGACAGAUGUUCAGAUUGACCUAGCAGACUUUCAACAAUUAUCAAGACAUAAUAAAGGGUAUAGAUAUUUACUACUAGGCAUUGAUGUACUUUCAAAAAGAGUUUUUGGUAUUCCCGUAAAAUCUAAGAAAAUGGAUGAAAUGAUGGAAAGUAUUAAGGAACUAAUUAGCCAAAUGCCUAUGAAACCACACAGAAUUUUUUCGGAUAAGGGAACAGAAUUUAAAAAUAAUCAAAUGAAGGAAUUUUUUGAGAAAGAGGAUAUUCAAAAACUUGAAGCUACUCACUCUAUAGUCAAAGCUUCACUAGCUGAAAGGGCAAUUCGUAAUGUGAAGCAGCGCCUUUAUAGAUAUUUUUCCCAGUAUAAAACAUUAAACUGGGUGGAUGUAAUUCAAAAAAUUCUCGAAGGUAUUAAUAAAUCAAAAAGCAGAGUUCACGGAAUGCGGCCUAUAGACGUUAAUUUCGAGAAUGCGCAGGAAGUAUGGGAGAAAAUAUAUGGGAAAGAUGAACUUUUAACAAAGAAAAGAAUUCUUAAAGGAAGUAAAAAACCUAAGUUGAAAAAAGAAGAUUUUGUACGUAUGGCUGUGGGAAAAGGGGUCUUUGAAAAAGGAUAUAUACCAAACUGGGGGGAUGAAAUAUUAACAGUCGAUAAAGUUAAAGAAGAAUCGAGACCCGUAAAAUACAAAUUGCGCGAUGGUAAAGGUGAAAAAUUUAAAGGUUCAUUCUAUAGUGAAGAACUUUCAAAAGUUCGCAAGGAUGCUGACACAGAAUAUCGGAUUGAAAAAGUUUUUAGGAAAAGAAAAACACCAGAAGGAACAUAUGAACUCUUGGUCAAAUUUAUUGGAUACCCGGAAAAAGAAUGGAUACAAGAAAAUCAAUUAGUAUAA